GCCGAUUUCUAUAAUAUUAAGUACCAAGUCUUAUUGUGUUUAUGAAUUAUGAUUCAGUUUCCUAUAAUUGACUGAUACCAAGAAACAUUAAUAUAUAAUUAUGAUUACUAUUACUGCUUAACCUACCGAGUUCCAACUAUUACAAUGAAGGUGGUAGCUUUAAUAAGUGGAGGCAAAGACAGUUGCUAUAACAUGCUACAAUGUGUUAUGGCUGGGCAUGAUAUUGUGGCCUUAGCAAACUUGAAACCUGAAAGUAAAGUUCUAGAUGAAUUAGAUAGUUACAUGUAUCAGACUGUUGGUCAUCAGGGAGUAGAACUAUAUGCUGAAGCUAUGAAGAUUCCUUUAUUUAGACAACCUACACAGGGAGUCGCUUUGCACAACGAAAAGCAUUACACCCCUACUCCUGAAGAUGAAGUUGAGGAUUUAUAUCAAUUAUUAGUUAAAGUUAAGGAACAUAUUGAAUUCGAAGCUGUAUCCGUCGGAGCGGUACUUUCUGAUUAUCAGCGUCUUCGUGUGGAAAAUGUUUGUAGCCGUUUAGGUUUAGUUUCUCUCGCAUACCUUUGGAGACGUGAUCAAGACGAACUUCUGCAAGAAAUGAUAGAUACAAAUAUUGAUGCUAUAAUAAUUAAAGUUGCUGCACUCGGUUUAGAUCCAAGCAAACAUUUAGGUUUAAAAAUAUCAGAAAUUCAACCUCAUCUGGUGAAAAUGAAUGAAAAAUAUGGAUUAAAUAUUUGUGGGGAGGGAGGGGAGUAUGAAACCUUCACGCUCGACUGCCCUUUGUUUUGCAAAUCUCUUGUCAUAGAUGAUUAUGAGACAGUCAUCCAUUCAAACGAUGGUAUCGCUCCUGUCGGGUACUUGAAUUUCACUCGGUUACGUCUUGUUCCUAAAGAGGAUGUAGAUGAAGAUUCAACUUUAGCAGAACGACUGCAGAGGUAUAAAAUAAAAACAGCUGAGGAUUAUAUUACAGACAUUGACCAAGCUGAAGUGACUGACACCGAAGUCACCGAUGCUGAAGUCGACGCUGGAAGCGGAGAACAUCAAACUGAAGAUGAAACUUCUGAUAUUUUAGAAAUAAGAGAAGCCGAUCCGACUCCUUAUAGACCCUCCAUAGCUCUUAACGCUAGCGGUUGGUGUUGGUUUGGAGGAAUCACUGGUGCUAAUGACGAUGUAGCUGUUGCUACGGAAGAUGCGUUACGAAAACUAAAUUGUUUGCUCCUCGAAAAGGAUCUCAAUACCUCUAACUUAGUAAGGAUUUGUAUGUACGUGAGAGACAUGUCUAGCUACAGCGAAAUUAAUUCAGCCUACUUGAAAAUAAUUGAGGGACCGAACCCUCCGGUCCGAGUCUGCCUCGGUACUAGGCUCAACGAAGGGACUCCCGUAGUUAUUAAUGCUCUAGCUUACUCGAACGAGAAACACACAAUGCACGUCCAGUCUCUUUCUCACUGGGCCCCGGCGAAUAUUGGGCCUUACAGUCAAGCUAUCAGGGUCGGAGAUAUAAUUUACGUUGCUGGCCAAAUUGGCCUCGUGCCAGGAAGCAUGGUGCUAGUCAGUGGAGGAAUUAAAAGGCAGUGCCGUUUAGCGUUAAGGCACGUUGGGAGGUUAGUCAAGGCAAUGGAUAAAGAUACCCAGUUGAGAGAUGUCGUUCAGGGUGUUUGUUAUGUAACCCAUGCCGCUUACAUAAGCGAAGCGCGAAAGGAAUGGGAAAGAAGGACAAAUAACGCCAUAGUUGAAUACGUUGUCGUGCCUGAACUUCCUAGGAGUGCCCUCGUCGAAUGGCAAGUCUGGGCUCACAGGGGAAAUACUCGUUUCGAAUAUGAGGAGACUGGCUGUGUGGUUGGUGAAAAUCGAGUUUCGUUAAGAAGAAGGUGGAAUUAUGAAAAUACAGUUUCUGCAGUUGUAUGCUAUGUUUCGAUGGCAUCAUCAGUUUCGAAUCCAGUAAUUAGUGAAGGAAGCGGAGCUGGUAGUUGGGACAGCCUGCUGUCGGAAACGCAACUCCUGGAAGUGCUGCACUACGCUCUCGAAAGGCUCUUUCGAGGGGUUGUCCCCAACGGGCCCGACGAAGAAGGAUUACUUCCGCCUCCGCCACCUUGUAACCUCACUUUGUUCUAUCGUACCGGAAGAUCUCAGCCGCCUUCUUCGCUCUACGAUGUCCUUGCAAAGAUCAGUGAGUUCAAUAUAGCCGCUACACUAGUUCCAGUCUGCCAACUAAACCACCCUAAUACUUUCAUAUCAAUCGUAGCUGUCAGGCAUGAAUAGAGGAAUAUCAGGAAUUAUCCGCAAUUUAUUUUAUUAUAUUCACUAACUGAAUAUGUUUGGAUAUUUAUAACAUAUAUCUCUGACAAAGAGGGUUUAGAUUUUUGCCUGCUAUUGAUUAUUAGUUGUAUAAAAACCGGUAAUUUAAUUUUUUUAUGGACUGAAUAUUUGGAAAAAAUGAUAAGCAGUCAUUUGUUGAAGCAGCUUUCCUACUCGAUAUUAUUUUUCUUUGGCAGAUUUUUUUUUUUAACUUUUUUUGUGUUUUUAUUUCUCAAAAGUGAUCUAAAAGGUAGGUGAUCUCAUGUAGAAUGUUAUUUUAAUUUUUUGACUUAUGAUACACAAUUCUGGCUUGUUCAAUACUCUUCGACGGUUGAUGCAACCUUUUGUCAAAUCUUACUUCAAACUAAAUUGGUAACGAUAUAUUUACUUCAGCUUACCAUAUCCCAACAACUUUGUUUUGUGAACCC